GGAAAUCGUCUUUGGAAAGAGAAAAACGUUGACCUUGACCUUAAAAUUUUUGUAAAGGCUUUAAUUUAAGAAAAGACUUCUAGCCUAAAAAGCGUCUAUCUUAUUUGAUUUUUGUUUUCAUUUCCAAGGGUAAUCCAAAGUUCUUAGUCAGUCUGCUAUUAUCGAAACAUUGUAGGUAUAUUUGUGAUGACUCGGUCGCAGAAGCGUGUCGAACUGAAGCCGCAAAUUAGUUUGAAGGUUAACGAGUUGUUUGAUGAAUGGCUAAGUAACCUAAGCGUUCGAGAACAGUUACUUAUUAAUUUGGAACGAAUUCGCAAUGGCGAAAGAGUUGUCCCAUUUACCCCAUCUUUCAAAAAUCGUUGCCAAUCGCCAAGAAAUCGUAUCAGCUCUCCUCCAGCCCCUCGAAAUGCUGCAAGUCCAUCUCCACGUUCUCCAAGAAAAGCUUUGAUCUCAGAGCAUCGGCCUUUAAGGACCUCCCAAGAAACAUCUGAUAAAUUUUUGCGAGAAAAGGAGCAGGAACUUAAAGCUAAGAAGAGUCGGGCUAAAAAGCAGCACAUUCCAAAGUUCUUUUUUCCAUUUGGUCAACAACAGCUGAGUGAAAAGGAUUUGAACGAUAUUAUUAAAAAAUUAACAGAAAUUUUCGCUCAAUUCCCCUCCGGAAAUGCAAAAAAGCAGCAUAUGCCCAUGAUAAUGAAAGCACUUUGUCUGCCGCUCUAUUGGAAAGCAUUAGUUUACCAAUCGGCUGCUGAUGUAAAAGGACGUAUCACAUUACAAAAUGCCGUCUAUCUAUGCAAAAAAUUGUAUGAAACGAAUCAUGAUGAGGCAUCUCGUUUUCUGUAUUUGGCGGCAAAGAAUAACAGUUUUAUAAUGCAAGAGGAUCUUAAAUGUUUGGUGCAAGACGUCAUCGAGAGUCAUCCAGGUCUGUCUUUUCUCCAGAAAGAGGUAGACUUUCAUCCAAAAUACGUUUUAACUGUGAUUGCCCGUAUAUUCUAUUCGGUCAAUCGUUCAUGGAGUGGCAAGAUUACAGUUCCCGAGCUAAGAAAAAGUAAUUUUUUACAAACUCUUCGGUUAUUGGAAGAUGAGGAAGAUAUUAAUAGGAUAACUGAUUAUUUUUCUUACGAACAUUUUUAUGUAAUAUAUUGCAAAUUUUGGGAGUUAGAUACUGAUCACGAUCUAUUUAUUAGUAAACAAGAAUUAGCAAGGCAUAACAAUGAUGCUAUUUCUUCUAGAAUGGUUGAUAGAAUCUUCAGUGGUACAGUCAUGAGAGAACGGAAGCAUAAAGAACGAAUGUCAUAUUAUGAUUUUGUUUGGUUUUUAUUAUCAGAAGAGGACAAAAAACAACCAACAAGCAUCGAGUACUGGUUUCGAUGUAUGGAUCUUGACGGAGAUGGGUUCAUUUCCAUGUAUGAAAUGCAAUAUUUUUAUGAGGAACAAGUUGCAAAAAUGGAACAAAUGGGCUUCGAAACUUUACCGUUUGAAGAUUGUCUCUGUCAAAUGUUUGAUAUGGUCAAACCCUCCAAGAAAAAUCUCAUUAGUUUAUCUGACUUGAAAGCUUGUAAACAAACUAAUAUUUUCUUCGACACGUUUUUCAAUUUGGAGAAAUAUCUAGAGCACGAGCAGCGCGAUCCUUUUGCCAAUGUUCAAGAUUCAGAAAAUGGAGACGGGCCACAAACUGAUUGGGAAAGAUUUGCUGCAGAAGAGUACGAAAUUCUUAUUAGUGAGGAAGGAGUGGACAACGAUGCUCAGCUGUACGAGGAUGAUUUUGAGACAGCGGGUGGAAAGGCUCUGAAAAGCCCAACCAACCUGGAAGAAGUUGACACUUAA